ACCAACCCCAGCAACUCACUCAUUCUGUUUACUUAACUACUGCUCCUGAAAAACAGAAGAGUUGACUAAAACCUUGUCAGGCAUUCUUUUUCCAUUUUGCUUUUAACGAGCUUUCUAAUUCAGGGAGCCUUUUUUUGUCUAAUUAUGAAGCCUUUCAUUGUACUAUUGCUCUGCUGUAGUUUUUUCUCUAUCAGAGCCACCCCUCUUCCAUUUGAGUUUUCAGACUGCGAUGACCCUGAUGUUUUUAAAGCUGUCGAUGCAGCAUUGAAGAAAUACAAUGGUGACAGAGAAAGUGGUAAUCAAUUUGCUCUACACAUGGUGAUGGAAGCCAAGAGAACUGCAGGUCCUGACGCACAAUUCUACGUGAAAUAUCGAAUACAAGAAACUACUUGUACCACUGAGGAAAACAAAAUCUGGCAAGACUGUGAUUACAAAGUACCUGCAGAAGCAAAAAGAGGAGAAUGCACUGCCCGAGUUUACAUGAACGAUGCUGAAAAAACAAGUAACAUUUCACAAGACUGCAAAAUUUUUCCAGCUACGCCAAAGAUAAGAAUUGCUCAGGCUAUGUGUCUCGGAUGCUUCCAUCCUAUAUCGAGUGAUGGUUUAGAAGUGUCAGACAUUCUGAAACAAGCCGUUGAAAAGUUUAACAGGCACAGUGCUGAACCCAUCCUUUUUAAGCUUGUGGAAAUAAAGGAAGCUAGAAGACAGGUGGUAGCUGGAUGGAAUUACAUAAUUAAAUACGAAAUCAAGGAGACUAAUUGCUCCAAAGACCAGUUUCAAGACUUAACUCCAGAGUGCAAAGUCAUUCCUAGUGGUCGUGUAGCUAAAUGUGAGGCCAAAGCAUAUGAAAAUCUUCAGGAGCAGAUUGUAGAUAUUCAAAGCCAGUGCAAGCUUCCAGUUGAAGAAUCGGUAAAUCCUGCCAUUCUCACUGGUUGUUUGAAGAUUAUCCCAAAAGACAGUCCAGAACUGAAGGAACUACUGAAGGCUUCUAUGGAGAAGUAUAAUUCGGAGAGCAACGAUGAUUUCUACUAUAAAAGCGGAGAAAUCGAGACAGCGACAGUUCAGGUGGUCGCAGGACAAAACUACCAUUUAACAUUUACAAUCCGGAAGACAAACUGCUCAAAGACAGAGUCUGACCAACUUAAUGAAGACUGUGAAGCCACGUUAGACAGUGCAGCACUGUCAUGUGAAGCACGUAUUCAUGUGAUCCCAUGGGAGAAUAAAAUCCUUCCUCAAGUUAACUGCUCUACAGAACGGUCAAUGGCUGUAUUAGUACGGAGGCCUCCUGGAUUCACACCUUUCCGAAGCUUUGCUGCACUACAACAGCCAGAAAUUUUAUGUUCUGAUAAAAAUGAAAAAGAAAGUCAAAGGCCUGGCAAAGAAACAAGAAAAGACGGUGGACAGGAACCAAAGAGUGAAGGUGAACCUGAGCAUAAACACAGGCAUAAACAUGGGCAUAAACACAGGCAUGGACACACAAAGGAUCAUGAGUCUGACAAAAGGCAUAGGCAUGAAGUUGGUUGUGGGCACAGAAUAGGGCAUAGGUGUGGGCAUAAAAAACACAGUAAAAAUGGUAAACAUAAACAUCCAAACCUCAAAUCUUCUGAGGAGUCUGAUGAAAGGGUUUUUAAUCAAAAUGAAACCUUCCCAUUAUUCAGUGCUGAAAGACCAUCAGAGCUAGUUAACCCAGGGGUUGCAAGUAAAGAAUCUAGUACACCUGCAGAAGCGCUUAUUCUUCCUGAUACAUCUUUAUUUAAUGGGCUCACAGAUCGUGCAGAAUCUCCGCCCCCAAGAUGUCCUGGAAAACCAUGGAAACAAACUAUGGACCUUCCAGCUCCUCCUAGCUUUUCCAGAGAAUUCACAAAUGAGGAUCUCUUGCCUUCCAGAGAAGAAAAUGUCAACCCAGCAACAGAGAGCUCAACACCUUCCCAAAACAAAGACUUUGACCUCUCAGAUGCUUUAAUAUAAUUCAAACAUUGUAGAUCGCUUUCAGAAAUUAUACAUAGAAAAAUAAUAAAAAUGGUGUCUUUUGAAAUUUAUAAAACGUUAAGAGGCAAAGGCUCCUAUUCUGUUAGCUAAGAUACUCAAGUAGAGCACUAGUACAUUGGGGACCUUAGACCAUAUGGCAAUACUCUGUAUUUGCAUAUAUUUGCAAAGAUGUAAAUCACACAAUGGCACCAAUGAUUCAGAAUCAUUUAAAGAACAAAAUAAAACAAAGGAAUCUGU